GGGUCCAGAUGUGGCCCCGGCCCCGCCCACCCCCGGGGCCGGGCCGCCCACACCGAGCCGCGGCGCGCACGGCAGCUGUCCCGCCUGCCACAAUGCGCGGCGAAGCUGCGGCCGCGACUUAGCGCGGUGGUCCCUAACGUCGCCGACUGGCAUCCUUAGAACCCGCAGCCCCCGACGCCGCGCGGGGACCCCACUCGCCCGCGCACCCCAUGCUCUCGAUCUUCGGUGUCCGGCCGCUCCGGCGCCUCGCGGACGCGGAGCCGCGCGGGUGACGGCAGAGGCGGCUGCGCGCCCAGCCCAGCCCAGCCCAGCCCAGCCCAGCCCGAGGAGAGGGCGCGCCGCGCCCCCGCCCCCCGCCCGUUCUCCCGAGGCCGUGGGUGCGGAUGCGCGGCUGACGCCUCGCAGGGAGAGCACCGCCGCCGGCCCCAGCCCGCAGCAUGGCAGCCACCGCCUAUGUGGACCACUUCGCCGCCGAGUGCCUCGUGUCCAUGUCGAGCCGCGCGGUCGUGCACGGGCCGCGGGAGGGGCCGGAGUCCCGGCCCGAGGGCGCGGCCGUGGCCGCCACCCCCACGCUGCCCCGCGUCGAGGACCGCCGCGACGGCAAGGACAGCGCCUCGCUCUUCGUGGUGGCGCGGAUCCUAGCGGACCUCAACCAGCAGGCGCCGGCGCCGGCCCCAGCGGAGCGCAGAGAGGGCGCCGCGGCCCGGAAGGCGAGGACCCCCUGCCGCCUGCCGCCCGCGCCGCCGCCUGCCCCCGAGCCCGCCUCACCCGGCGCCGAAGGCGCGGCGGCCGCGCCCCCCAGCCCGGCGUGGAGCGAGCCGGAGACCGAGGCGGGGCUGGAGCCCGAGCGGGAGCCGGGGCCCGUAGGGAGCAGCGAGCCCGGUCUCAGACAAAGGGGCCGGCGGGGCCGGAGUCGCGCGGACCUCGAGUCCCCUCAGAGGAAGCACAAGUGCCACUACGCGGGCUGCGAGAAAGUUUACGGGAAAUCCUCGCACCUCAAGGCGCACCUGAGAACUCACACAGGUGAGAGGCCCUUCGCCUGCAGCUGGCAGGACUGCAACAAGAAGUUCGCGCGUUCCGACGAGCUGGCGCGGCACUACCGCACGCACACGGGUGAGAAGAAGUUCAGCUGCCCCAUCUGCGAGAAGCGCUUCAUGCGCAGCGACCACCUGACCAAGCACGCGCGCCGCCACGCCAACUUCCACCCCGGCAUGCUGCAGCGGCGCGGCGGGGGCUCGCGGACCGGCUCCCUCAGCGACUACAGCCGCUCCGACGCCAGCAGCCCCACCAUCAGCCCGGCCAGCUCGCCCUGAGCCCGCCAUAGCCAUGAGCAGCCGCUCCCGCCCCCUCGUGAGUCCCUGGCCUUUCCUUUUGUAGUAAGAAGAGAGAGAACUCGAUGCGAAGUCCACGAAAAAAGAAUUUUCAUCACCUCAGGUGUCAAAGUAAAUUUGUCUAAAAAAAAAAAAAAAAACCCACAAAAAUUUCAAAAACCACCACCCACCAAUUGCACAAUAGAUAGACCCACAAAGUUGAGAUUCAGCGGUGUUGAACCCCCUUUCUCAGGGAUGGACACGUUCCACGAGGUCAGUGAGGACACCCCUUCCUGCCGCCUUACUCUGUACAUAGAUUUGCACUUUGGAGUUUUCUGUUAGGUUCGGGGACACACUGGGGACAGAGCAGGCCAGCCAGUCUGGAGCUCAGCGUCUGGCUGGCUGGCCAGCCUGUUGGUCUGUUGGGAGCAGACGUGGUCACUGACGUUUGUGCUUCCGCUGCAGAUUCCUAAGCAGCGGGCCUGAGCUCUCCCUGCCUGCCCUACCCAGCCUCUGGCCUCUGCCCCACAGGCCUGGCCAGACUUCCAGCGCAGCUGAUUCUGAGGGACAGGCCCCUGCAAAGGGAAGCCUUAAAGCUGUGCCGGCCGGAGGAGCACUCCACCUUGAUGACUGUGGAGUGGGCUUUCAGCCCUCUGCGCCCUACCUGCCUCCCUCCUCGCCUCCAGGAGCCCUCUCCUAGGGCGCUUGGGAGCACUGGAAGCAGAGGUGCGAGCCGUGGUUGAACACAGCGCUGCACCAUCUGGCCUCCUCCGAGGCAGGGGCUGGGUCACACCUGCCGGGAUUCCACUUCUUUGUGUCCCUACGGAAGGCACGCGGGACCCCGUCACUAUCAUACCUGGGCCUCCAAUGAGGAAUUCUGGGCUUCUAAAAAGAUGUCAGAAAUUCCUGGUGGCACAUCCAGUUCCGGAGUCCUCCCGCAUGGGCACCUUUGUUGGAAACGGUGGGCAGGUCCUGGGGCCUCCUCAUCAGAGGGUCUGUGUGCGCAGCUGUGCAUGUGGCAGUGUACCGUGCUUCACAGAGAACAUUCGGUAGCAAGAGACCGGAACAUUGUGACUUGGACCUUUUCAGGAGUGGCGUGGAUGUUACAGGAAAUGCUGUUGGAGAGCGUGCAUUCUGCUUCCUCCCCAGGGAACGCCAGAUGGAAAGUUGUGGGAGACGCUUUUCUCAGACCCACCACAUCCCCAACUCAGACUUAGCAAACCUCCGGCGUCUCCGUGUCCCCUGGACUCGUCCUCCCUUUUCUUCCUGCUUCUCCCUGCCCUGCCUGGAGGCCCCAGGCCACACCCAGCUGGUGUGGCUGCUCUGGUGCCCCAUCACCGGCCUUCUCCUGGCAGGAGAGAAGGAGCGGAGAGCCGGGGCCUGGGUUUGAGUGCUGGGCAGGUCAGUCAAGCCGUGGUCCAGCAAGCUCCUCUGCAGAUGGCUGGAGUGUUGACCCCAGGCUUGUGGCCCAGGUACCGCCCUCCCUUCUUCCUCAGAGUUGGGGCCUGUAAAUGCAAGGGCCCAGGACAGUGUGUGUGUGUGCGCGUGUGUGCGUGCAUGUGCGCAUCUGUGUGUGUUGCGUGCAUGUACGUAUCUGUGUGUGCGUGCGUGCAUGCAUGUGUGCGCCUGCACACACGCAUGUGUGUUGGGGGGUGGGGGGAUUGGGGUGGACUCAGGGUAUCUUGCCAGAGAUACCUGUUUUGAUGAGUACCUAUUUUGAUGCAAAGGAAUGGCCCUGGGACCUCAGAGGGCCACAGGUGGCCUUCCUGGGCCCAGUGUGCCUUGGUUGUGGUCAUCCUGCUUCUACCUGGCCCCACCACAGUGUGGGGUGCAGCACAAACCCGGGACCCAGGCCCAGCCGCUGGCCACUGUUUGGGCUGGCUCCAGAGUGGACAAGUGCCCUCUGUCACAGCAGCUGCGCAGGCACAGUAUGGCAUCAGGUGCCCGUUUCUCACUACUGUUUGUCAGCUGGCAUUGGCCCGCAGCAUGGUAGUAGCUUCCAGGUAGCACGAUGGACCCUAAAUUGGGCAGUAGCAUUAUUCCUGCUGCAGUGGGAACUGGCGGGGAGAGGGUCACCCCCGCUCUGGUUGAAUACAGAGCUGGCCACUCUGGCUGCCGUGCUGUGUUUGGGCUCCCUGACAGCCCUGCUUGCAUCGGGUCUGGAAGACAGAGUGGAAUAUUUGGUAGGGACCUUGACAGAAGAGAGCCCUGGGUGCUUGGGGUACAAAGAUCUUCAUGCCCAGUUCCAAAGUGAGGUCCCUCCCAAAGUUGUUUUCGUGUGAGGCAGAGAAAGCCACACUCUGAAUACAUUUCAUGUCUCAGGAAUUCACAUUCCAGGUUCAGGAAUUUUAUUCCAAAGUCCUUUGGUGCACUCACCGUCCACCGUUCCCAAAGGCAGGGAGAGGGAGCAGCCCGUCCCUGGGAGGCCGGCAAAGUGCUCUCCAGGGAGGGGCCAGUCGUCCUUGUGAUCUGCCCAGGGUGUCACGGCAGGAGAUUUUCUAGCUUCACAUCUGUCUGCACAUAGGAAGGAAAAGAUAGGACUCUAAACUUAGUCAUCUUGGAAUAAAAAGAAGAGCUGGUUUGUUUUAGAGCAGGGUGGGGGGUGGGGGAGGGAAGCGGGUGUUGGCUGUUUCCAAAGAGAGCACUUAAUUUAAUUUUUCCUUUAAAUGACCCAGGGCUGUUCCGUCUGAUAGAUGGAAGGGUAACAUUGCCUUAAAACAGAAAUAUGCAGGCGUUGGCUAUUUUUGGCGUAAGAGUGUGUCUUCAUUCCCAAAGUGGUUCUCGUUUAAUGGCAGGGUGUGGUCCUUAGGCCCCGGCCUGGACUGGGAAAUUGGGGGAGGGUACCAGGAGAGAAAUCCCGAGGGGUCCUCCUGGCCAGACCCUCCUGAAUCAUCUGGAGCUUAAACUCAUCUCACCUGAAGGGCGAGGAGAAAUCCAUGAAUCUCAGGAGCAGUUCACCGGGGUCCUCAUGGGCAGAUUUCCAUCUCACCAUGAAGUGAGGGAUGCCCCGUAGAAGAGGGUGGUGGGCAUUGGAACGCUGCCACCACUGAAGCAGGCACACAGGGCGGCCCUCCGGAAACAGCCUUCGUUUUCUUCUUCCCAGCUUGCGUCUGUUUCAGCGUCUUCCAUUUUUGUGGUUUAUGGCCAUGCUUGCCAGUGUUGAUGGGGUUAAGGAAUCAGUACUCAUAGAAAUAAUACUGAAAACUCAAACCCUUAUUUUGGGACUUCAGUUCUGGUGGUCCAUAGGGGCAGAGAUCUCAAAAUGAAGGUUGCCUGAGUGAAGGGAGAGUUCCCCUAUAAAAGGCCUAAAUUGACUUCAGGCUGAGCCAUCGGGGGCUGGUAUUGCUCAUGUCCCAGAUAAGAAAGCUCCUCUUUACAUCAGCCAUAUUAGGGGAAUGGUUAUCAGCUCCCCAAAUGCCUACUGGAUCCUACAGCCAUACAGGAAAACAGAUGGACACAGCCCUUUCCUCAAAGAGCCCUGGGGUCCUGUCCUGCAGGGUGCUACGUAGGAACAUGCAGAGAUGUCCUGGAUGGGAACAUGGUCCUGGAGGAGCCCUACCUGCAUUCUGCUGCACCCCCACCCAUGACUCUCGAGUGCAAGAUCCCCUCACUCCCAACCCUGACUCGUUUCCCAGGCUCCACACUGAGGCAGGUGCAGGAUUUGCCAUGGUGCAGCCUCCAGGUACAAAUGUGAGGCAUGGCGACCCCAGGCCCUGCUGUACCCAGAGCACAGCUCAGACCAGUGAGGGGUCAUUCAAAGGUAGGGAUGAGCAGAGAGGGCUGGCCACUCUGCCUCAAGACUUGACCUCAAGUCUUCUGUCUCCCUGCACGGUGUGUCCAGAAAACCAGCCUCUUUCUUGCCAGAAACAGGUGCUAAGAUGGACUGCACAGGAUCCUGGUGCUCCCUAGGGAACCAUUCAGGAUCUCAGCUGGGCAGGGGUGCCCCCCAACAGGAUGAUGUGAUCUGAGCAAUAGUGUGGCCUUGUUUCUCUGCUACUGGUUGUGGCUAUGUUUGCAGGGCUACCUGACUAUUUUGACUUCCGACAGAUGUCACUGAUUUUUUUUCCCCCAUUUAAAAAAGGUCAUUUAGUCAAAGACUCAGUGCUAGAAGGUUUAAAAGGUAUGUGAUGUGUUGAUCACAUCGCAACCAGUAAGAACUGCUUUGUAGGUUAUCUACAUCUUUUGCUGUUUCCGUAUACAAUUCUGGUCACCAUAUUUUCCAAAGCUAAAAUCUGAGGUGUAGGCUGAUGGUUUUUGAAAUCAGGAUUAACCCAGGGAGAACCAGGUCCUAUGACUAAUUUUCCUGAUUCUGAGGCUCUGAAGGCUUGUCUGAGACACAUUCCAGAGACCUUUGUACCAGAACGUGGAUGCACAGUCCAGCUUACUACUGACACGCCUGAGCACCCUUUAGGGUGAGGCACCACCUCCCGCCUGCUGUUCUUUCCCUCAGUAUCAGAAGAGUUGAAUUCGGCAGGAGAUGGGAGCCCGGUCCACAAGGGAAGAGGAGCUGUGCUUGGUUUCUACUCACCCCCAUGAAGAUUUCGGACUUGCAGUGCGGCCGUGGGGGCCCUGCCCUGCCUCUCUCUUUCUCAUACAGCUUUAAAAACUUUACUACUUUUAUUUAAAAAGGAACUGGAUGGGAGAGAAGUAGCGUCCCCAACCCUACAAGUCACACAUUCCGGGGUGGAGGGGGGGCGAGGAGGGGGGGCAAGGAAACUGCUUUCUUCCAGGCCUCAGGGUCCUUGCUCCCUGACCUCUUCCUAGAGGGCCUGUGGACAGGCCACAUUGCGUGCUCAUUUGGAAAGCAGGUGUGUGAGCUGAAUGACCGAGGCUACACACAGUGCAGGAGCCACUGUACCUGGCUACCUUGACAGGAGUGAGGGGCCACCUUCCAUGUGGCUCUAGACACCACGUGGGCUCAUCAGCUCCAGCGUCUGCCAGGUCCAGCUGCCUGCCUCUGGGUGUAUGAGUGGGAGACUUUGCUCCCUGGCCUCUCCCUGGAGGGGCCCCUGGUGCCGAGUGCUGGGGCCUCGGGCUGGUCAGCCUCAGCAGGAGGGAGACUCUCCUGAGCAACUAUGCAUUGUCAUUGUCGGGUUUGGGGCUUGCGGUGGUUCCUUGGUGACUAGGAAUUGCUUGUGUGCAUGUGUUGGGUGCAUGCUUCUGGGUCUCAGCUGCCCCAGGCCCGCACAGGCAACCCCUUCCCAUCCAAAGCCAUUGGUGGAGCUUCUCUGGAAUCGUUUGCCAAAAGCCCAAGGCAGAAUCCAAGGGUCCAAGACCAUUUCCAUGGAGCUCAUGUUUUUCUUUUCUGUAGGAACUUUUUUUUAACCAGCACCCACCGUAAUUCUGAAGGCCAUGUUUCAUCUUUUCUGGAUCACUACAGUGAAGUAUUACAGUUGUACAGUUCCCAGUCUGGCCUUGGCUUGCUCGGAUUAAACUUUGUAUGUAUUUUGUAUGGCAUAGAUUCUAUAUUGUAAUGAUGUCCUAUGCAAAAAGAAAAAUUAACGAAAUUGUAAAUUUUAUUGUUUUAACGUGUAUGCAUGUUUAGUGACGUUUACAUUUUGAAAUAAAAUUUAUGAUUCAUUAUUUUA